UAACAACACCCGCCGCUCCACCAGCGUGGCUUUACCUCUAAGGUCAACCAAUACCCCCGUUUUUACCUGGAUCGUUCCGAAAUUUCUUCUGACAACGUAACGAAUAAGAGGCAGCAUGGAGGAAGAGGAGCACUUUGUGAACAUAGACCUGAACGAUGACAACAUUUGCAGCAUCUGUAAACUAGAAACGGACACAGGAACGCUUUCCUUCUGCCAUGUGUGCUUUGAACUGAGCAUAGAGGGUAUAUCCAGCGCCACCCUACUGCACUCCAAAUCCCUCCGUGGGCACAGGGACUGCUUUGAAAAAUACCAUCUCAUUGCCAACCAGAAGCUGUCCCGCGCCAAGGCCUCUCACAGCGCGUAUGAGGGCGUGAAGCGGGCUCUGAGCCAGCGAAUCAACCGCAUUAUCCAGUACGCCCAGAACAGAGACUCUGUGACCCCUGAGACUCCUGGCCGCUGGGGGGCCAAACAGAUCCUGUGCCAUACGCAGCAGGCCGGGAGGAAGCUCGUGCCCCAGUCGGACGCCCAGGUUCCCCGUUACACCCCGCGGUGGACAGAGGAGGCAUCGAUGGUGUCCGAAUCAGACUAUGGGAAAUCUAUGCUGGACUGUCACUCGGCAGAGGAGCUCGGCCUGGGAUUGUGGCCCGGAGAGAGACCGCAGAACCGAGAGCAGAGAGACUCCAGACAGAGGAGACACACGGGACACAGUCGAGAAGAGCUGAUGAGGAAGAAUGUGGAGGAGCUUCGGCACCUGAACGAGCAGCUGCUGCUACAGAUACAGAAUGUGUUCGAGGAGCUCUCUGUGGUCGUUCAGGAGAAAGACUCUCUCUCGUCAGAGCUUCAUGUUCGACACAUCGCCAUCGAGCAGCUCUUCAAAAACUGUGCCAAGCUGCCCUGGCUCCAGAUCGGCAGAGCGGGCGUCAAAGCUGCAAACAACCCAGUGGAAUAACUUCAGGAUCUUCAGGAUCCCCCAACGAAAAAAAAAGAGACCAGAACCAAAUCACAGACUCCUGCAGAAGCUCAAAGCUCAGAUUGGAGACGCACAGGCGUUUAAAGUCACCGGAAUGGUGGAUUUUCAGCAGUAAAAGUACUGGAUUUGUCCAAAGUGUUACUAUGCAGAACGACAGACGUGUUUUUAAAAGAUUUUUGUUGCUUUCAUUUUAUUUUUUGGACUUCUCACCUCACUGUUUACUCUCUGCACUUGAUCACGGGUGGUCUAUAGACUUGGAUGAGCCUGACAGUGACAUUCGGGCUUGCCGAUUGUUUGUUACCGUGGAAACUGUUGCUUGGUUUACGGUUGUCUCCUCCCUCUGCUCAUUUCAGUGGAACUGGCUGUGAUGCUGGUUGUUGCAUUAUUAUUUCUCCUGUUAUGCAGAAGCUUUAGUAGUUUACAUUUCUUUGGUUCUUUCUGACAUUUCAUCAGAGCUUUUAGCAAAACAUUUUAUUUCAGGACCACAAAAGGAGAAAUGUUUUAAAUGGACUGCUCGUGUUUGUCCAGGUUAUGGCAGUAAGUAGUGACCAACAUUAAAGGGACAGUUCACCCAAAAUUAGAAAUUUAUUCUUCAUUUACUUUUCCUCCAGUUGGUUCCAGACAUUUAAGAUAUUUAAAAAAUGUUGGAAACUGGUCACUAUUGACUUCUAUAGUAGUGACAAAAGUAUUAUGAAAGUCAAUGGUUACCGGUUUCUAGCUUUCUUCAAUCCAUCUCUUGUGUUUAACAGAGGACAGAAACUCAGACAAGUUUUGAACGGGGUUCAUAAAUGAUGACUAUCUUUAGUUUUGGAUGAACUUCCUCUUUUUUAGGUGCCAUAUGACGCAUACAGUGUGUGUGUGUGUGUGUGUGUGUGUGUAUAUAUAUAUAUAUAGGUAGGGCAGGGAUGUCCGUCCUGCAUUGUUUAGCCCUAACUUCCUUCAACACACCUGCCAGGAAGUUUCUAGUAUAUCUAGAAAGAGCUUGAUAAGCUGGUUCAGGUGUGUUUAAUUGGGGUUGGAACUAAAAUAUGCAGGACACCGGCCCUCAAGGACCAAGUUUGGACACCCCUGUGAUUUUUUUUUUUUUUUUUUUUUUUU